AUGAGCUCCGAGGUCGGGGCCCCGGUGCCUCGCAGCCCGGCCUUGAUGAGCCAGCCGCCGCCGCCGCCCUCGGCCCUGGAGUCGUCCAGCAGCAGUAGUAGCAGCAGCAGCCACGCCAGCAACAACAGCAGCGCCGCGUCCACGUCCGCGCCGUCGAAAGCCAAGAAAGCCAGCUCGGGGCUGCGGCGCCCGGAGAAGCCGCCCUACUCGUACAUCGCGCUCAUCGUGAUGGCCAUCCAGAGCUCGCCGUCGAAGCGGCUGACGCUGAGCGAGAUCUACCAGUUCCUGCAGGCGCGCUUCCCCUUCUUCCGCGGCGCCUACCAGGGCUGGAAGAACUCGGUGCGCCACAACCUCUCGCUCAACGAGUGCUUCAUCAAGCUGCCCAAGGGCCUGGGCCGGCCGGGCAAGGGCCACUACUGGACCAUCGACCCGGCCAGCGAGUUCAUGUUCGAGGAGGGCUCCUUCCGACGGCGCCCGCGGGGCUUCCGAAGGAAGUGCCAGGCGCUCAAGCCCGCCAUGUACCACCGCAUGGUCAACGGGCUGGGCUUCCUCCCGCAGGGCUUCGACUUCCAGGCGCCGCCGGCCGCGCCGCUGGGCUGCCACCCCAACGGCUACAACCCGCUGGAGGUCAUGCAGGCCGGCGCCGCCUACGAGGCCCACCACGUCCCGCACAUGUCGCCCAGCCCGGGCUCCACGUACAUGGCCAGCUGCCCCGUCCCCUCCGGCGGCGCCGACUACGGGCCCGACAGCAGCAGCAGCCCCGUGCCCUCCUCGCCGGCCAUGGCCAGCGCCAUCGAGUGCCACUCGCCCUACGGCAGCCCCGCGGGACACUGGGCCUCCUCGGCGGCCUCGCCCUAUCUCAAGCAGCAGGCCCUGCCGCCGCCCGCCGCGCCCGCCGCCCCCACGGGCAUCCACUCCGGAGUCGCCUCUUACUCGCUGGAGCAAAGCUACCUGCACCAAAACGGCAGAGAAGACCUCUCAGUGGGGCUGCCUCGAUACCAGCACCACCCUUCCCCGGUGUGCGACAGGAAGGAUUUCGUCCUCAAUUUCAACGGCAUCUCUUCCUUCCACCCGUCGGCCAGCGGCUCGUACUAUCACCACCACCACCACCACCACCACCAAAGCGUCUGUCAAGACAUCAAGCCUUGCGUGAUGUGA